AUGUAUGAGAAGAAUUUAAUUCAAUCAAUUCAAACUUCUCUCAAGAAAAAUAAUCUUAUUUUACGAAGAACUGCUGAUAAUAUGAAUAUAUUCUAUUUAGGAAAUCUUCAAGAUUUCGAAAGCAAAGCCGAUAAAUAUUUAACAACAUCCGAAGAUUAUGAUAUUCUCUUUAAUAUGAAUGAUGUCAAUAAUGAAAAACCAUUCAAUGUGGCAUUCAAAGAAAUGAUUGAAUCAAUGAAUAGUUUAUUAGAAAAAUUAAAAACACAUAAGGCCAUCAGUUCAGAUUUAUAUGAACGAUUCAUUGCUGAUCCAAAUAAAGUCAAAUUACCUUAUUUAUAUUUUCUACCCAAUCUAUCCAAUGAAAAAGGGAUGUCAUUAGUACCGAUGGUGACAUCAGAAUAUAGUGCCACAUGGAAAAUUGCCAAAUACUUGAAUCAAUUAUUACGACCCUUUGCCGAUGGAGUUUUACGUUCGACCACAUUUGUUAAUGAAACUGAUUUUAUUCGACAAUUAAAUCGUUAUGCUACUACAGAACGUCGUCUUCGGCCAACAACUCUAUUUUGUUCCAUCAAAAUAACAAACUUUUAUACAUUAGAUGAACACCGAAAUAUGAUCGAUACGAUUGGCUAUUUUUUACAAGACCAUUUAGUAACAAACAAACUUGGAUUACUCACUGUUCAAACUAUUCGAAAUCUACUCCAUUUAUUUCUUUAUAAUAAUAUUUUUUCUUACAAGGAAGAUAUCUUUAAAUUUACAAAAGGUGCUCCAAAUACAGUAGCAUUAACCGAAACAUUAUCCAAUAUUUAUUUAUUCGUAUGGCAAAAGAAAUUAUUGAAAGAAGUGAAUCAAAGUAUCGAAUUGUUCGGAAGAUCAACUAUUCUUUACAUGGAAUAA